GCCCCCGCGGCCGCCCGGGCACAGCGGGCGGCCAGCCUCCCCUAGUCCACGCACCGGACCCGCCGUGCCGUCCCCGUCCGCGCACUCGCGUAAAGAAACCGAGCCCCGCACGCAUUCCCGCGGACCUUCCGAGCACUUUCCCCUCCCUCCCCAGCCAGCCAGCCGGGUCUCCGCCUCCACCAGCAGCGCCCGCGGGCGACGCAGAUGCCGCGGCCGAUCUGACGGCGACCGAUCCCCGGCGAUGAGGCCUCACCGCCGGGCCCUCCUCCCGUACUCCGGCUCGGGCGCCGGGGACUGCGACGACGGGUACGGCUGCGCGCCGGCUCCGACGGUCCCCAGCACCCCUUACGCCGGCCCGGCCCCUUCCCCGGCGCCGGCGUCCUCUCCGGUCCCAACGUGCCCCUCGGUCGCCUCCCCGCCGUCGCCUCCCCCCGCGCACAGCGGCAGGAGGAACCAGGGAGGAGGGAUGCAUGGGUACGGGCCCCCGCCGCCCGGCGUCAGCUUCGGCGGCGACCACCGGUGGCACUACGUCAGGUACGUGCUCAUCGCCGCGGGGGUCAUCGCCUUCGUCUCGCUGAUCCUGCUCGGCGUCUCGGUCGCCGUGCGGCGCCGGCAGGUGCGACGACGGCGGCAGGCGCUCCUCGCGCACGCCGCCCCGCCGCCGCCGCCGGGCGCGGGGAACGGCGGCGGCGACCCCGAGGACGGCGGCGGGGGCGGGGUGGUGCACCACGUCUGGUACAUCCGGACCGUGGGGCUGGACGAGGCGGCGAUCAACUCCAUCGCCGCGACGCCGUACCGCGCCGGGGCGGGGCUCCUGGGCGCGGUCGAUUGCUCCGUCUGUCUCGGCGAGUUCCAGGACGGCGAGCUCGUGCGCCUGCUGCCCAAGUGCGGCCACGCGUUCCACGUCCCCUGCAUCGACACCUGGCUCCGCGCCCACGUCAACUGCCCGCUCUGCCGCUCCGACGUGCUCGACCCCGCCGUCACAGCGGGCGCCGGGGACAGCGGAGGAGGAGAAGCGGAGACCAGCUCCAACCCGCCAGCUGAUCCAGAUGCGAACGCCAACGUCGAAGCCGAGCAACAAGCGGCUGCCGCGAGCGACGCAGUCCCGGAUCACGGACAGGAGGAGAGCGACCACCAAGAAGCAGCAGCUUCACCCGCACAAGAGGACCAGCAAGGACAACACAGCUCGCCGGAGCCGCCGCCGCCGCCGCCUCAACAGCAGCUGUUCUGUCCGCCGCCUCGCAACGUGCGGCGCGCGGCGUCCAUGGACGCGUCCAUAGCGUCAACCGCGGCAGAGGCAGACCCCGCGGCACUGGAGCGUUUGCCGGAGGCAGCUCCUGAAGAGGAGCAGAUCGGUGGCAGGCGGAAGCGGUCCUGCGUGAAGGCGUCGGGCUCCGGACAUCGGAGCAACCUCAGCACCGACAGGCCGGCUGCCGGCGGCGUCCCCAGGUCGUUCUUCUCGCUGCAUUCGCGUGCUCGGAGCUCGGUGCUGCCGCUGUGAGCCACGGCGCAGAGAUCCCCGAGCUGAAAUUUUGCCCGCCGCUAAUAAUGUUGCUCCUGUCGGUGAUCCACGGCGCGAUCUGUAUUAUUAUACUUCUAAAACUUAUGAUCUCGAAACCGAGGUUACGGGUAAAAGCCGAAUACGGCGAAUGGAAGUUUGCAAUCGAGAGAUUGUCCCUAUAA